CCCGCGACGGCCGCUCGCAGUCGGACUGUCCGGGCGCGCAGGCCGGGUGGUGCCGCCAUGGAGCUGGGGCUCGCGGGCCGCCGAGCGCUGGUGACGGGCGCGGGCAAAGGCAUCGGGCGCAGCACGGUCGUGGCGCUGCACGGCGCGGGGGUGCAGGUGGUGGCCGUGAGCCGGACCCGGGCCGACCUGGACAGCCUGGUCCGCGAGUGCCCCGGAGUGGAGCCCGUGUGCGUGGACCUGGGCGACUGGGAGGCCACAGAGCGGGCGCUGGGUGACGUGGGCCCCGUGGACCUGCUGGUGAACAACGCGGCGGUGGCCAUUCUGCAGCCCUUCCUGAGCAUCACCAAGGAGGCGUAUGACAAGUCCUUCGAGGUGAAUUUGAGAGCUGUGAUCCAGGUGUCGCAGUCGGUGGCCCGUGGCCUCAUAGCUCGGGGGACCCCCGGCUCCAUCGUCAACGUGUCCAGCCAGGCGUCACAGCGGGCACUGACCAACCACAGUGUGUACUGCUCCUCCAAGGGCGCCCUGGACAUGCUGACCAAGGUGAUGGCGCUGGAGUUGGGGCCCCACAAGAUCCGAGUGAAUGCGGUGAACCCCACAGUUGUCAUGACACCCAUGGGUCAGGCCAACUGGAGUGACCCCCAGAAGGCCAAGGCCAUGCUGGAUCGCAUCCCCCUAGGCAGGUUUGCAGAGAUGGACAAUGUGGUGGACGCCAUCCUCUUCCUGCUCAGCGACUGCAGCAGCAUGACCACUGGGGCGACACUGCCUGUGGAUGGGGGCUUCCUGGCUACCUGAGCCCCCUCCCCAAUAAAUCUCU